GAGUGCCUUUCGGGAAGCCACAGGGCGGGGGGCGUCAGUGCAGAGAAGCCGGGAGAGUAGCGGGCAGGCCCAGCCGAGGCACCAGCCCAGUGAUAUAUAUCCAGGAGCACAGACCAGGCUGGAGCGGGCGCGCCCGGGCGCGCACAUGUGUGCAGACCCGCAGGCAUGUCUCUGUGCUGUGUGGGCACCUGUCGUGUGAGUGGCUCCGGGCGUGGCUGAUCCUUGGACGUUCAGUUUCUGUAAGAUUUAUCUCUAGGGGCCUACCUUCCCCCAGCUCCGGGGGGGAACGUAAGAAGUUUAACGGAGCAGGGACUGAGCAGAUUAAGGGAGUGGAGCAGAGGCCGGGCCGGAGAGGGUGGAGACUGCGGUUGCUGGGGAGUAGGGAAGCACCUAUUUGCCCCCGUCUCCCGACCAGAAAUUUUGGAAAGACUGGCCUGGCCAAGGUGGCCCCGAAACGUCUACAGAGCCGAGAAGUGAUGAUCUCUGAGUGAGUGGCACUGGGCUGAGACUGGCCCAUUUGUUGGCGAGAGGGAUGCUAGCAAUUAGGAAGGCAAGGAGGAAACUCAGGAUGGGGACCAUCUGCUCCCCCAACCUCAGCGGGACAAAGACAUCAUCGGAGGUCUGCAAUGCCGACUGGAUGGCCUCGCUCCCCCCUCACCUCCACAACCUCCCCCUUUCCAAUUUGGCAAUCCCAGGCUCCCAUGAUUCGUUCAGCUACUGGGUAGAUGAAAAGUCACCAGUGGGGCCUGACCAAACCACAGCUAUCAAACGCCUUGCCAGGAUCUCCUUGGUGAAGAAGCUAAUGAAGAAAUGGUCUGUGACUCAGAACCUGACAUUCCGGGAACAGCUGGAAGCUGGCAUUCGCUACUUUGACCUGCGUGUGUCUUCCAAGCCAGGGGAUGCCGACCAGGAGAUCUACUUCAUUCAUGGGCUUUUUGGCAUCAAGGUCUGGGAUGGCCUGAUGGAGAUUGACUCGUUUCUUACACAGCACCCCCAAGAGAUCAUCUUUCUGGAUUUCAACCACUUCUACGCCAUGGAUGAGGCCCAUCACAAAUGCCUGAUUCGCCGGAUCCAGGAAGCCUUUGGAAAUAAGCUAUGCCCAGCCUGUAGUGUAGAAAGUCUGACACUGCGAGUCCUGUGGGAGAAAAAGUGCCAGGUUCUUAUUUUUUACCACUGUCCCUUCUACAAGCAAUAUCCCUUCCUGUGGCCAGGAAAGAAGAUUCCAGCACCCUGGGCAAACACCACGAGUGUGCACAAAUUAAUCCUCUUCUUGGAGACCACCCUGAGUGAGCGGGCCCUGCGUGGCUCCUUCCACGUAUCCCAAGCGAUCCUCACCCCCAGGGUGAAGACUAUCGCCCGAGGCCUGGUUGGGGGCCUCAAGAACACUUUGGUUCAUAGGAAUCUUCCUGCCAUCCUAGACUGGGUCAAAACCCAGAAGCCAGGAGCCAUGGGUGUCAACAUCAUCACAUCGGACUUCGUGGACCUGGUGGACUUUGCCACGACCGUCAUCGAGUUGAAUGACCUCUUACAGGAGGACAAAGCUCUGGCUAAAUGCUGAUUUAAUUUUUUAUUUCGCUUAAUGUUGAAUUUAUCCAUCCAGGGUAGAGUUCUGAAGGGUUUCCUG